AUGGAAGGGCCGGGGAGCAGGAGCGUCGCGGCCUCCUCGGGCCUGGCCGACUGCAGUUUGGUGUUCUGGACGCUGUGCUCCGUCCUCCUGCCGGUGCUGAUCACCCUGUGGUGCAGCUUCCAGCGGUCCCGGCGGCAGCUGCUGAUCCGAGACAUCUUUCGGAAGAGCAAACAUGACUGGCACUACACAGACCUCUUCGGGCAGCCCACCUACUGCUGCGUCUGCGCCCAGCACAUCCUGCAGGGCGCCUUCUGCAGCUGCUGCGGGCUGCGUGUCGGCGAGGACUGCCUCAAGGCGGCCGACCGGCGAUUCCUCUGCAAGGAAAUCAUGAUGAGAGGCAGUGCUGGAGCCCACAGCUCGAUGCCGCACCACUGGAUCCGGGGCAACGUCCCGCUCUGCAGCUGCUGCAUGGUCUGCAAACAACAGUGUGGCACGCAGCCCAAGCUCUGUGACUACAGGUGUGUGUGGUGUCAGUACACUGUACAUGACGAGUGCAUGAUGGAUCAUUUAAAGACUCAGGAGUGCACAUUUGGAGAAUUCAGAGACUUAAUUAUUCCACCAUAUUAUUUGUCUACAAUCAACCAGCUGCGUAAAGACAAAAGAACCAGUUAUGAAAAGGCAGUCCCUUACAGCAGGAAGCACUGGAUGCCAGUCAUCGUCCUGGCCAAUACUCGCAGUGGGAACAACAUGGGUGAAACUUUGCUAAGAGAAUUUAAAAUUCUGUUGAACCCUGUUCAGGUUUUUGAUCUAAGCAAGUCUGCACCGGCUAAAGCACUCCAGCUUUGUCUCUUGCUGCCUUGCAAUGCUGUCAGGGUUCUCGUUUGUGGUGGGGAUGGCACAGUAGGCUGGGUCCUGGAUGCAAUUGAUGAGAUGAAGAUAAAGGGGCAAGAACGUUAUAUUCCCCAAGUUGCAAUUUUACCUCUGGGAACAGGCAAUGACCUGUCUAACACACUGGGCUGGGGUGCAGGUUAUGCUGGAGAAGUCCCUGUGGAGCAAAUCCUACGGAAUGUCAUGGAGGCAGAUGGAAUCAAACUGGACAGAUGGAAGGUUCAAGUAACAAACAAAGGAUACUACAACUUAAGGAAACCAAAGGUCUUCACAAUGAACAACUACUUUUCUAUAGGACCCGAUGCUCUCAUGGCUUUAAAUUUCCAUGCUCAUCGUCAGAAGACUCCCUCUCUGUUUUCCAGCAGAAUUAUCAACAAGGCUGUUUAUUUUUUUUAUGGAACCAAAGACUGCUUAGUACAAGAAUGUAAAGAUCUUAACAGAAAGGUUGAGCUAGAGUUGGAUGGUGAGAGAAUCGAGUUGCCCAGUUUGGAAGGCAUCAUUGUCCUGAAUAUUGGCUACUGGGGAGGUGGCUGUAGGCUCUGGGAAGGAAUGGGUGAUGAACCUUACCCCUUGGCAAGGCACGAUGAUGGACUUCUAGAAGUUGUUGGUGUUCAUGGUUCUUUUCACUGUGCCCAGAUUCAAGUGAAACUAGCCAAUCCUGUGCGCCUAGGGCAGGCACACACAGUGAGGCUGAUCCUGAAGAGCUCCAAGACGCCGAUGCAGGUGGAUGGGGAGCCGUGGGCCCAGGGGCCCUGCACUGUCACCAUAACUCACAAGACUCGUGCGCUGAUGCUGUACCACUCGGGGGAGCAGACAGACGACGACGCUUCCAGCACGUCCGAGCCAGAGCCCGCCAGGGAGCAGACAGAUGAGGAUGAGUACUUUAAGCCUGCAAGACGAAAAGCGCUAACUGCAGAAAUCCAGCAGACCGACUGCUUCCCUUUCCUGGCGCAUCUGCAGGCAAUGUGGGAACACGCUGCUAACCGCAAGGUAACAGAUGGCCGGAGGGUCGCGGUGGCCGAGGGCGCGGCGGGGCUGAGGGCGAACAACGGCGAGCGGAGCCCAGGCUGCGCCCAGCGCCAUUGUCCCCUCCCGGCCGCGAAACGCUGA